GAUUUCGUUUUGCUCAUCAAAAUGGCUGGAUCCUCGAGAAACAAGCAGAAGGCUGAUGUCGCCACGAUCCUCCGCAAGUCUUGGUACCAUUUGCGGCUCUCGGUUCGGCAUCCCACUAGGGUCCCCACUUGGGAUGCGAUCCUUCUCACUGCCGCCAGUCCACAACAGGCCGAGCUCUACGAUUGGCAGCUCCGGCGUGCCAAGCGUAUGGGACGGAUAGCUGACUCCACCGUCACUUUGGCCGUUCCUGAUCCUGAUGGCAAGCGGAUCGGCUCCGGAGCUGCCACUCUUAACGCCAUCUAUGCUCUCGCUCACCAUUAUGACAACUUAGGUUUCCAUCCUCCUGCUUCUUCUCCUGAGGAGGAAGUUGCAAAUGGUCACUCCUCUGAAGAGUCUUGGGUUAGAUUCCUCUCUGAGAAACAUGUAUUGAUGCUUCAUGCUGGAGGUGACUCCAAGAGAGUACCUUGGGCCAAUCCCAUGGGCAAAGUAUUCCUCCCACUUCCUUUUCUUGCUGCUGAUGAUCCUGAUGGUCCUGUUCCUCUCCUUUUUGAUCACAUUCUUGCUCUUGCUUCUUCUGCAAGGCACGCUUUCCGUGAUCAAGGUGGAUUAUUCAUUAUGACCGGUGAUGUCCUUCCAUGUUUUGAUGCAUUUAAAAUGACUCUCCCUGAAGAUUCGGCAUCCAUAGUUACUGUGCCUGUCACUCUUGAUAUUGCUUCCAACCAUGGUGUUAUUGUCACAUCCAAAUCUGAUUCUCUCGCCCAAGGCUAUACUGUCAGUUUAGUAAAUGAUCUUCUGCAGAAGCCUACAGUUGAGAAGCUUGUCAAGAAAGAUGCAAUCUUACAUGAUGGACGGACGCUCCUUGACACUGGGAUCAUAUCUGCGAGAGGCAGAGCAUGGUUGGAUCUGGUCGCUCUUGGAUGCUCUUGCCAACCCUUGAUCUCAGAACUUUUAAGCAGUAAAAAAGAGAUGAGUUUGUAUGAAGAUUUAGUGGCUGCUUGGGUCCCCUCAAGGCAUGAGUGGCUGCGAACCCGACCUUUGGGCGAACACCUUGUCAAUAGUCUAGGGAGGCAAAAGAUGUACAGCUACUGCACCUAUGAUUUGCAGUUUUUGCAUUUUGGAACUUCAAGUGAGGUAUUGGGUCACCUGAGCGGAGAUGCUUCAGGAAUUGUGGGUCGAAGGCACUUAUGUUCCAUCCCUGCAACUACGGUUUCCGAUAUUGCAGCGUCUUCUGUUAUUCUGUCUAGUGAAAUUGCACCAGGUGUCUCCAUUGGUGAAGAUUCACUUAUAUAUGAUUCAACAGUUUCUGGUGCUGUACAAAUUGGUUCCCAGUCCGUAGUUGUUGGUAUUCACAUCCCAAGUGAAGCUCUGGAGAGUUUCAGGUUCAUGCUUCCGGAUAGGCAUUGUCUUUGGGAGGUCCCAUUGGUUGGACGUAAAGAGAGAGUCAUAGUGUAUUGUGGUCUCCAUGAUAAUCCAAAGAACUCAAUUCACAAAGAUGGAACUUUUUGCGGUAAACCUUUAGAGAAAGUAAUAUGUGAUCUUGGCAUUGAGGAAAGCGACCUCUGGAGCUUUAAUGCAUCACAAGACAGAUGUUUGUGGAAUGCUAAAAUGUUCCCGAUUCUCACAUACAGUGAGAUGCUGAAGUUAGCAUCGUGGUUGAUGGGUCUAGAUGAUAGUAGAAACAAGGAAAAGAUAACCUUGUGGAGAAGCUCAAAACGUGUGAGCUUAGAAGAGUUGCACAGAUCAAUAAACUUUCCUGAGAUGUGCAAUGGUUCCGGCAAUCAUCAAGCUGAUCUUGCGGCUGGAAUAGCUAAAGCAUGUAUGAACUAUGGUAUGCUUGGGCGGAAUUUGUCUCAGCUCUGCCAUGAGAUUUUACAGAAAGAAUCACUAGGAUUGGAGAUAUGCAAGAAUUUUCUGGAUCAGUGUCCCAAAUUUCAGGAACAAAACUCCAAAAUUCUUCCAAAGAGUCGGGCAUAUCAGGUAGAAGUUGAUCUUCUACGAGCAUGUGGGGAUGAGGCAAAAGCGAGGGACUUGGAGCAUAAAGUCUGGGAAGCAGUUGCAGAAGAAACUGCUUCAGCUGUGAGAUAUGGUUUUAAAGAACAUCUCUUGGAAUCAAGCGGCAAGCUUCCUUGUGAGAAGAAUCAUAUUUGUCCUCUGGGUCGAGUUUUCCAACCAAGAAGGACGAAAGUUGAACUACCAGUUCGGGUAGAUUUUGUUGGUGGUUGGAGUGAUACACCUCCAUGGAGUCUAGAACGUGCGGGUUGCGUCUUGAACAUGGCAAUAACCCUAGAAGGUUCACUUCCUAUCGGCACAAUCAUCGAGACAACAAAUGAGAAGAGUGGAAUCUCAAUCCAAGACGACGCUGGAAACGAGCUGCACAUCGAAGAUCCAAUAACCAUCAAGACUCCCUUUGAAGUUAAUGACCCAUUCAGGCUUGUUAAAUCUGCUCUAUUGGUAACCGGCUUUGUUCAAGAAAACUUUGGCCGCCACUCCACAGGAUUAGCAAUAAAGACAUGGGCUAAUGUUCCUCGUGGUAGCGGUCUAGGAACCUCUAGUAUCUUAGCUGCAGCUGUUGUGAAAGGACUUCUCCAGAUAUCUGAUGGAGAUGAAAGCAAUGAAAAUGUUGCAAGACUCGUCUUGGUUCUGGAGCAACUCAUGGGUACUGGAGGAGGCUGGCAAGAUCAGAUUGGGGGAUUAUACCCAGGUAUCAAAUUCACUUCGAGUUUCCCAGGAAUUCCUCUGCGUCUUCAGGUUGUCCCGUUACUCGCAUCUCCACACUUGAUCACAGAGUUGCAGCAACGCCUCCUGGUUGUUUUCACGGGUCAAGUCAGGCUUGCUCACCAAGUCCUACACAAAGUUGUAGCAAGAUAUCUACAAAGAGAUAAUCUCUUGAUAUCAAGCAUAAAGCGUUUGACUGAGCUGGCAAAAUCAGGGAGAGAAGCGUUGAUGAACUGUGAAGUGGAUGACCUGGGGGAGAUAAUGUCAGAAGCUUGGAGAUUGCAUCAAGAGCUUGAUCCGUAUUGCAGCAAUGAGUUUGUGGACAAGCUUUUCGCGUUUUCGCAACCUUAUAGCUCAGGGUUCAAGCUUGUUGGUGCAGGUGGGGGAGGAUUCUCACUUAUACUGGCUAAGGACAGAGAGAAGGCUAAGGAGUUAAGGCAGAGAUUGGAAGAGCAUCCAGAGUUUGAUGUCAAAAUUUAUAGUUGGAGUGUAUCUGUCUCUAACAAUAGCGUGUGAUCCAUCUUUGCCUUGUUUUCUCCAUCUAUAAAGCCUUUGUAAUUUUAACUGAAACUGAAACUUGGGAAAGAAUAAAAGAAAACAUACUUUUUUGCUCGAC